AUGCCCAAUGUUUCCGUCUUUUCAACCAUCGAUCAUCAACAAUACACAGAUGAACCCAUUGAUGUCAUCACAAGUCCCCGUCUUCCCUUCAACUCUCGCCACAUCACUUUCAUCAUUUUCUCAAUCGAUUCCCUCGACGUCAGCCAUUCAGAUACCAAAUGGGAUAAUGCCUACUCCAAACAAUCUCCUCCAUCAAUCCGAAGCGAAACGACCGAGAGUUUCAUCGUCGGGAAAUCUUCG